UAUUAAAAAUCUCGCUCUAGCGAUUCUGUUUAUUCUUUCUUCCGUUUGCAUUCUCCUCAACUUCUUCUGUUCAUGUCCCAAGGAGCCUUCAUUUCCCUCGUCUUCUUUCUCUCUCGUCACUUUUGAUAUUCCUCUUGAAGUUUAUCCUCAACCGCAUCGUCGAUCGCUGGCGAGGGAGCUGAUGAUCAAGCGUUGUGGAAGUUUCGUAAUGUGACGAGAGCUUGAACUCGCUGGUACGAGUCUCAACUCGUAUUUUCAUUUGUGAAGAAGAAAGCUAUUAAUGAAAAGUUUCCCUUCCACUGGCCAUGGCAUCAAGAUCAUUUGCUAAUCUCCUAGACUUAGCAAGUGGAGACCUAUUGGCUAUUCCUCACACCCCAAGAACUCUUCCAAGGAUUGUUACAGUUCCAGGGAUUAUUUCAGAACUGGAUCGUCAAGGUUGUAAUGAUGGGGAUUCAGAUGUCAGCUCUUCUGGGUGUCGAGAGAGGAAAAUCAUUGUGGCAAACAUGCUGCCAUUGCAGGCUAAAAGGGACCUGCAAACUUCUAAAUGGUGCUUCAGCUUGGAUGAUGAUUCAAUUUUAUUGCAACUAAAAGAUGGGUUUUCUUCUGAUACUGAGGUGAUCUAUGUGGGGUCUCUCAAGGUUGAAAUAGAGUCCAGUGAGCAGGAUGAGGUUGCUCAGAAAUUAAUGGAAGACUUCAAUUGCGUGCCUACUUUUUUACCUCAUGAUCUCCAGAAAAAGUUUUAUCUUGGCUUUUGUAAGCAGCAGCUGUGGCCUCUCUUUCAUUAUAUGCUACCUAUGUGCCCAGAUCAUGGUGAUCGCUUUGACCGCACGCUUUGGCAGGCUUAUGUUUCUGCUAACAAAAUAUUUGCAGAUAAGGUUAUGGAAAUAAUUAAUCCUGAUGAUGAUUUUGUUUGGGUUCAUGACUAUCACUUGAUGGUGUUGCCUACAUUUCUGAGGAAGAGAUUUAAUCGAGUUAAACUUGGUUUCUUCCUUCAUAGUCCCUUCCCUUCAUCUGAAAUUUACCGAACCUUGCCAGUACGAGAUGAAAUUCUCAGGGGAUUGUUGAACUCUGACUUAAUUGGUUUUCACACAUUUGAUUACGCUCGACACUUCCUCUCUUGUUGCAGUAGAAUGCUGGGUCUGGACUAUGAAUCUAAGCGGGGACACAUAGGACUUGAUUAUUUUGGCCGCACUAUAUUUAUCAAGAUUUUGCCUGUAGGCAUUCACAUUGGUAGGCUUGAAUCUGUAUUAGAUCUUUCCUCUACAUCUGCUAAAAUAAAAGAAAUCCAGGAAGAGUUUAAGGGUAGGAAAGUGAUUCUUGGUAUUGAUGAUAUGGAUAUUUUUAAGGGCAUCAGCUUGAAACUACUAGCUCUGGAGCAGCUGCUUCAUCAGCAUCCUGAUUUGCUGGGCAAGAUUGUACUAGUUCAAAUUGUGAAUCCUGCCAGGGGUUCUGGGAAGGAUGUUCAGGAAGCAAAGAAGGAAACAUAUUUAAUUGCCCAGAGGAUCAAUGGUACUUAUGGUUCACCUCAUUAUCAACCAGUUAUUCUCAUUGACCGUCCUGUUCCUCGUUUUGAGAAGAGUGCCUAUUAUGCUGUAGCAGAAUGUUGCAUUGUCAAUGCUGUGAGGGAUGGCAUGAACUUGGUCCCUUACAAAUACGUUGUCUGCAGACAAGGAACUUCAAAACUGGAUCAAGCAUUGGGUAGAAAAAAUGAUGCUCCUCAUACAAGCAUGCUUGUUGUGUCAGAGUUUAUUGGCUGUUCACCUUCCUUAAGUGGAGCAAUUAGGGUUAACCCCUGGGAUAUAGAUGCUGUUGCGGAAGCUUUGAAUUUGGCAAUUACAAUGAAUGAUUCAGAGAAGAAAUUGCGGCAUGAGAAGCACUAUCGGUAUGUCAGCUCCCAUGAUGUGGCUUAUUGGGCUCGUAGUUUUAUGCAAGAUUUGGAGAGAGCAUGCAAAGAUCAUUACACCAAGAGGUGCUGGGGAUUUGGUCUGGGCCUAGGGUUCAGAGUUGUUUCUCUUACUCCUGGAUUCAGGAAGUUGUCUGUUGAUCACAUUGUUUCAGCAUACAAGAGAACCAAUAGAAGGGCCAUAUUUCUUGAUUAUGAUGGUACUGUUGUACCACAAUCUUCCAUAAAUAAAACCCCCAGCCUUGAAGUCAUAUCUGUUCUGAAUACUUUGUGUAAUGAUCCCAAGAACACUGUGUUCAUUGUUAGUGGGAGGGGAAGGGAUUCGUUGAGCGAUUGGUUUGCUUCAUGCAAAUUGCUGGGACUUGCUGCUGAACAUGGGUAUUUCUUAAGGUGGAGUAGUUCCUCCCCAUGGGAGACAAGUCACCUGUCUGCUGACCUUGAUUGGAAAAAUGCCGUGGAACCUAUAAUGAGGUCAUACAUAGAAGCAACUGAUGGAUCUAAUAUUGAAAUUAAGGAAAGUGCACUGGUAUGGCAUCAUCAAGAUGCUGACCCUGAUUUUGGUUCUUGCCAAGCCAAAGAACUGUUGAAUCACCUUGAAAGCGUGCUUGCUAAUGAGCCGGCUGUUGUUAAGAGGGGCCAACAUAUUGUUGAAGUUAAGCCACAGGGAGUAAGCAAGGGUUUGGUAGCUGAAAAGGUUCUUAUGACUAUGGUCAAUGAUGGAGAUCCGCCAGAUUUUGUUAUGUGCAUUGGGGAUGAUAGGUCUGAUGAAGACAUGUUUGAGGGCAUACUAAGGACAAUCUCUUGUCCAUCAUUGCCAGUUGCUCCAGAGAUCUUUGCCUGCACCGUUGGCCAGAAGCCUAGCAAGGCCAAGUAUUAUCUUGAUGAUGCUGCUGAAGUGGUAAAAUUGCUUCAGGGCCUUGGUAUUGCAUCAAAUCCCAAGCCGAGGCAUUUAGCCCAUUUCCAGGUUUCUUUUGAGAGCACGGUUUGAGUUGUGGUCUGAGCAAGAAGGCACAAUUGGUUUUUCUUUUUUAUUAACUAUAUGCUGCUUCCGGGAUUCUUCACCCAUGAGAGAGAAAAUUUUUGAUUGACAUUAGCUGAACGCAUGGGGGGACAUUGUUGUAGCAGAGCUAAUUCUUCCUUGUCACCUGAAUUGGUUUACUUGGCUUCUCAAAGCGAAGGUUUUUGUUAAAAUAGUACAGUUCAGGGAUGAGUCCACAAUUCUUCCUCUGUAUAUGUUAACUUCGAUUUCUGUACUUGCUGGUGCCUCUCACUGCUGAAACUUUUUCAGAUUUUAGAUUAGACGCCGUUUGUGUUUUGUCAGUAUUGUGGGCACCAGUCACUUGUAUAGAUAUACUUCUGUUACAAUACAAAAUGGUCAGUUUGGUUUGACAACUGUUUGCCUUGAUAUGGUGGG